AUUGUGUAUUACCAAAACAUGGCGGUUACAGCCCAAUAGUUCAAAUAUUGGGCCGGCGCAAGCUCAGCUCAGCGCAAUAUUGACUGAACUCAUGUUGCACGCCGCUUUAGGGUUUGCUUGCAGUAGCGUUAACACAAAAGCAUUCGAUCAUUCCUUCUCCAAACGCUGCGUUUUGGUCGAUCUCUGAUUUCAAGGACCAUGGCUUCUUUUAUGGAGAAAAUGUUAAUUUGUGCUGUAGUAGAGUUUGAUUUCAACUGGAAAUUAAUCACUUCAGGAGCUACUUGCUUUCCUAUUAACUGAUGGACACUCACUGGAGAAUGCCUUUUAAAUGUGAAUUGCACAAAAGUGAUUAUUUUUAUCAUUAUUUUGCUCAGAAGUUGUCUUGUAAAGUUAAAAAUGGGCAGCAAGACGGUUAUCAAAUGGUCAAAGCAAAUCGGAUCAGCCCAAGUUGCGCAAUUGAUAAAAGCGGAAAGGGAUAUACAGAAAGCUAUUGUCAUAUUUGAUUCCGCAACAGCAGAGUAUACUAAUGGGUUCCGGCAUAGUCACCAAACAUUCAGUCUUAUGAUCUCUAGAUUAGUGUCUGCAAAUCAUUUCAGAUUAGCUGAGGAACUUCUUUGUAGAAUGAAGGAAGAAAAAUGCAAUAUUACAGAGGACAUAUUCCUUUCCAUUUGCAGAGCCUAUGGUCGGGUUCAUAAGCCACUGGAUGCUGUCCGGGUUUUUCGCAAAAUGAAGGAGUAUGAGUGUGAGCCCAGCCAAAAAUCAUAUAUUACAGUCUUUGCUAUUCUUGUUGGUGAAAACCAGUUAAAACUGGCUUUGAGAUUUUACAGAUAUAUGAGAGAAAUGGGUAUUCCACCUAGUGUUGCUUCCCUAAAUGUUUUGAUCAAAGCCCUCUGCAAAAAUAGUGGAACAAUGGAUGCUGCUCUUCGGAUAUUUAGGGAGAUGCCCAAUCGAGGAUGUCCUCCAGAUUCAUAUACGUACGGUACUUUAAUUAAUGGGUUGUGUAGAUUGGGAAAGAUUGGUGAAGCAAAGGAGUUGUUUAAAGAGAUGGAGACAAAAGCUUGUUCACCGACUGUUGUUACCUAUACUUCUCUCAUACAUGGUUUAUGCCAGUCUAAAGAUUUGGAUUCAGCUAUUAGGUUGCUUGAAGAGAUGGCAAGCAAGGGCAUUAAACCCAACGUUUUUACUUACAGUUCUUUAAUGGAUGGUCAUUGCAAGAGUGGGUGUUCAUCACGAGCUCUGGAGUUAUUGGAUAUGAUGGUUAGCAGACGCCAUUUGCCCAACAUGAUUACAUACAGUACUUUAGUCCAUGGACUUUGUAAAGAAGGAAAGCUUCAAGAAGCUGUGGAGAUUCUUGACAGGAUGAAGCUCCAAGGCUUGAGACCGGAUGCAGGAUUGUAUGGGAAGAUCAUAAGUGGCUUCUGUGAUAUUUGCAAAUUCCAUGAGGCUGCAAACUUCCUUGAUGAAAUGGUCCUUGGGGGGAUCUCCCCAAACCGACUAACUUGGAGCCUUCAUGUUAGAAUUCAUAAUAUAGUGGUCCAAGGGCUUUGUACUGAGCAUCCAAAUCGAGCUUUUCAGUUAUAUCUAAGCAUGCGGACAAGGGGCAUUUCAAUUGAUGCCAAAACUUUUGAUUCUCUUGUGAAUUAUUUCUGUAACAAAGGUGAUCUGCACAAAGCUGCUCACCUUGUUGAUGAGAUGGUGCUUGACGGGUGCAUUCCUGAUGAGGUAACAUGGAAUGCUGUGGUAUGUGCAUUUUGGGAUCGAAGGAAGGUGCGGGAAUCUGCUGAACUUGUACAGGUUGAGCUGAUGGGGAGGGCCUUGGACUACAUGCAUGAUAUUUCUGAAUGCGAAGUCCUUCAUACAAGCCGCUCCAAUUAAGGCUGUAUUUCAGACAGUUUUUUGAUGGCCCGAAGAACUUUCUGUUUUGCAUAGAUUUUUACAGAGAACUUCUGGAAACUACAGCUGCGUCAAAGAGGCUUUACUGUCAGUCAAAUUUUCCUAAGAGUACGCAAAGGAAAUAGUUAGAAUAAAUAGAGCAUACGACUGUGAGAAGAUUGAAAUAUGAAUAAAUGAGGAAAACAAAGAGGAAAUGUUAGUUCGCAGAGAGGGGGAAGCCAAUUCCAUGGCGCUGGGUGGGGAACACAACAAACAACAUACUGCAGAUGACUCCAAUCCCAACUGGGAGUGCUGCGAGGAGCUCCUUGGUUUCAUCUGAUGGUGUUGGGUAGAAGCACUGCACCACAUUCUCAUCAAACAGUGUAAUGGCCGCAAAGACUAGUAUUGACAUGAAGGCAUGCAUGAAAUCGAUAAACCUCAACUGAUAUUUUGCAGCAAGUUCAGGUGUGAUGGUAGCUGAUCCAUCAAUAACCCACAAGCCCCGGAAUGUGGCCAACCCAUAACAAACAUUUCUGUCCUUGUCCCUGAUGCUGUCAGUGAAGCACGCUAGAAAACACGACACCCCACAAAGGGCUACGAGAGCUGCAGUCAUGAAUCGGCUGACAGGAUCACAGUCCCCUUGGUUUGAAAAAAUGGGUGACAGAAUCUGGAAAGCAAGAACAGUUCCAGUGGGCAAAAGAUUGGCUAAAUGAGCUGUGCUCUGGAAUGUCUGGCUAAUGGCCUUCUGUAUCAGAGUCUUCUCUUCCGCUCGGGGCAUGGCCAUGUCUUGCAGGAGAGGGACUUUCUGGCCAUUAGGAAUCUGGAAUUCCUCAUCUUCAACCUUGAUUUCCAUGUAGAAACCCUUCUCUUCUGAUCUGUACCGGUAUAGUCUGACAAAGGUGGUUGUGAGUUGAGAUGGAAGUAUUGUGUAUAUAAGCAGGUGGAAGAAGUAGAUGUAUUUGAGUGAGGGGCAAGAGAGGGAAGGGAGGGGGACUAGUGAUGCCUUGCAAGAAACUAGAACCCAUAACUGAACCUGAAAUCAAGGAAAAGCAGCAGCUGUAGCUAGAAAUGUGGAGGGGAUGAUUUUGGCUCUAGAUUUGGUGCUGACAAAGUGGUUAGGAGUGAGUAGUCACCUGAUGCCUGUUGGAUGGAUGUGGAUAAUGCUUUUUGGGAGGUUUCCUCAAGCAAGAUUCAGAAAGCCUGUAAAAGGUUUUUCUCCACCAGGCACCAGGGGUGGUCUUUUGUCUGCUAUUGUUUCACGCAAAAUAAAUGAGAGGAGUGGGGUUUUGGGCGAAGAAACCUUUGCUUUAAAGUUUCACACUUUGUGCC